CCAUCCCAGCUCUGCUGCUGCUGCUUGUGGCUUCUUGCUGCUCCAUCGUGCAGCCCACUUCUUCCUCCUCGCAGGAUGAGCUGCUGACUUGAUGCGCAUCAUAAAUCCUCUCUGAGAGAUUCCCCCCCUUUUUCCUUUUCAAGCCCAAUCUCAGACCAGACGCGUGUUGGAUAUUUGGGGACGCAGGCGAGCCUCUCUAAUACUGGGGGAUGUUUCAGAUGUGAUUCAGCAGCAACGGAAAACAACGUGGGUGUUGUGUGUGUGUGUGUGUGCAUGUUUUUUUGUUAGUGGGGAGUGGAGGAGAAGAGGAGAGCAUCGAUAUGAAACCAUCCCAGUUGUCUGUGCCUGACCAGCGGCUCUGCUCAUCACCUGUAUGAACGACCUUGCUGCGAUUGUGACCGAAAUCUUUCCUGAAAGCGGUUUUCCAUGGAGGAGCAAUCUGUCGCUUUAUCCGCGAGGGCUGAAUCUGGUUCCUGCUGGUCUCAAGAUAUUUCAAGAUAAGAGGUCAAGCUCCCCCCCUCUCCCUCGGAGAACACGAGUGCCAUUUCAAAGCUUAUUGGAUGAAAGUCUCAUUUGCCCUUGGCUGCCAAAGAUGACGUUGCCAUGGAAACAGCUUCUACUGUUAUCAAUCAUCGACUGUCUGGCAGAUUGUCUGGACAGUGGAUCGUACCAUGGUCCGAGAUGGAGGAUGGAGCCAGGUGACUUGUUCAUUCCUAUCGACUCCAUAGAAGAAGAAGCCACUCUGACCUGCGACGGCAAGGGAACGCCACCUCCUCAGUACAGAUGGUCAUUGAAUGGGACUCUCAUAAAUCUGGGCCUGGAUCGCCGGCGGCGUCUGUCUGGGGGCAACCUCAUUAUAAGCAGUCUGGACCGCUACCAGGAUGUAGGACUGUACCAGUGUAUGGCGUUCAACACUGUAGGAGCCAUCCUCAGCAGGAGAGCAAGUCUGCAGUUUGCCUACUUAGAUCAUUUCAAAGUCCACACCAGAAGCGCAGUGUCAGUCCGUGAGGGACAAGGAGUGGUGUUACUUUGUGGAACGCCCACUUCCUCCGGAGACCUCACGUAUGCGUGGGUCUUCAACGAGUACCCGUACUUUGUUCAACAAGACAAUCGGCGUUUCGUCUCCCAGCAGACAGGAAACCUUUACAUCGCCAAGGUGGAGCCCUCCGAUGUGGGCAACUACACUUGCGUCGUGAUGAACAGCAUCACAAAGGGCAAAGUCCAGAGCUCACCCACGUCUCUGAUCCUCAGGACAGAUGGAGUGAUGGGCGAAUACGAGCCGAAAAUAGAAGUUAAUUUCGCAGACAAUGUACCCGCCGCAAAAGGAUCAACAGUUACGCUGGAGUGUUUCGCCCUCGGGAACCCUGUCCCGGAAAUCACCUGGAAGAGGGCUAACGGCGUUCCCUUCCCCAGCAAAGUCAAAAUGAAGUACUCCAACGCCGUGCUGGAGAUCCCCAGCUUCCAGCAGGAUGAUACGGGAGGAUACGAGUGUGUGGCUGAGAACAAGAUGGGCAAGAACACAGCUACUGGUCGACUGGCCUUCUACGCCAAGCCCCAGUGGAUGCAGGCCAUGAAGGACACGGCCCUGGCCAUAGAGGAGAGACUAUACUGGGAAUGCCGAGCCAAUGGCAAGCCCAAACCCUCCUACACAUGGCUGAAGAACGGCCAACAGCUACUCUCAGAGGACAGAAUCCAUGUGGAGGACGGAGUCCUGUCGGUGUCGGUGCUGACGCUAUCCGACGCCGGCAUGUACCAGUGUGUGGCGGAGAAUAAGCACGGCGUCAUAUAUUUUGCUGCAGAACUAAUGGUUUUAGCCUCUCCUCCAGACUUCACAGGGAAUAUCCUCAGAGCUUUGCUCAAAGCCAAGGCAGGAACUACAGUGACGUUGGAGUGUAAACCCCAGGCCUAUCCCAUCGCCAGCAUUUUGUGGAAGAAAGGAAACCUGCCUAUCCACACCAAUGACAGGAUCACACUUUCCCCAGAUGGAACACUGAGGCUUGCCAACGUGAGCAAGUCUGAUGCAGGCAGCUAUACGUGCUUCGCUAGGAAUAGAUUUGGCAUGUCGAGUACAACUGGACGGCUCCUUGUUACCGAUCCAACCAGAAUCACCCAGGGGCCAGUGGACAUGGAGAUCAUUGUGGGCGAGAGCAUCGUGUUACCCUGUCAGGUCGCCAGUGACCCCGUCCUUGACGUGUCUUUCUCCUGGGCCUUCAACGGACAACUCAUCGCCGAGGGAGACGGUCACUUUGAGCUAGUGGGCGGGAGAGCAGCGGGGGAUCUGAUGAUCAGGAACAUUCAGCUUUACCAUGCUGGCAAAUAUAUCUGUGUGGUGGACACGGACGUGGAGAGCCUGUCAGCCGUGGCUGUAUUGAUUGUGAAAGGCCCCCCCAGUCCUCCAGACUCGGUGACGGUGGAGGAGGUGACAGACAGUACAGCCCAGCUGUCCUGGAGUCCCGGCAGAGACAACGGCAGCCCCAUCGCCAAUUACCUCAUCCAGACCAGGACUCCCUUCACCGUGGGCUGGCAGAGGGUUAACACAGUCCCAGAGGUCAUCGAUGGGAGCACUCUGACAGCCACUGUAGUGGACCUCAAUGCCUGGGUGGAGUAUGAGUUUCGGGUUUUGGCCAAAAACAGCGUUGGGGUUGGAGAACCCAGCCCCGUGUCAGUCAAGACCAGGACAGAAGAUGCAGUUCCAGAUGCAGCUCCAGGUGACGUGGGUGGAGGAGGUGGAAGCAGAUCGGAGCUGGUCAUCACAUGGGAGCCUGUCCCCGAAGAACUACAGAAUGGUGAGAGCUUUGGUUACAUCAUUGCUUUCCGCGCCUUCGGAGAAGUUAGCUGGACCCACGUGGCCACCUCCGCCCCCGGCGCUUCGCGCUACGUGUACCGCAACGACAGCAUCUCGCCCUUCUCUCCAUUCCAUGUCAAGGUUGGCACUUACAACAGCAAAGGACAGGGUCCCUUCAGCCCCGUGGUCACCAUCUACUCCGCAGAGACAGAGCCAAGCGGGAUGCCAGCGGGAGUUUGGGCCAGAAGUGUCUCAGCCUCUGAGAUUGAGGUGAAUUGGCAGGCUCUCUCCUUCUCCGCUGAAAGGGUUCUGGGCUAUGAGGUGGUAUACUGGGAAGAUGACACUAAACCAGAGACCAUGGGGAAGGUUAGGGUGCCUUGGAACCAAACCUCGGUCACAGUGAGCGGCUUGGCGGGAAACACGCAGUAUUUCCUAACAGUCAGCGCCUUCAACACGGCAGGCACCGGCCCCUUCCUCCCUGCAAUCAACGUCACCACGAAAAAGCCACCACCAGCCCAACCGCCGCUGAAUGUCGAAUGGACCCUAAUUGGCUCUCAGCUGUCUCUUUACUGGGAACCUGUGGUGGCAAUGGAAUCAGAGUCAGAAGUUACAGGCUACCAACUGUCAUACAGGAGACAGAGGCACAAAGAGGUAAACACGCUCACGACGGCCAACUCGACAGCCGAGCUGACCCUCCACGAGGACGAUGACGACUACAUCAUCCACAUCCAGACGCUGAGCGAAGGAGGGCUGGGCCCGGCCUCGGAUCCCAUACGAAUCCACCAACUAAGUAAGCUCGUUGUUCACGGUUGUCGCGGUCAAAGCAGUGAAAGUUCAUGGAAUAAUUUGGCUCGCUUCUCAGAUGGAGAGGAAAAAAAUAUAGAUAUUUUCAGUAUUGAGCCGUAGCACUGAAAUAUGCUGAUGCCACCAUGUUCUAGAGAAACACAACAUUUGACAUAUCGACUCAACUUCUAUUUUUUAUUCACCCACUCUUGUAAAUGAAUUCACUUAGCACUUUUUAAACCUGACAGGGACAUUCUGUCCUCCGUUGACUCACCAUUACUCGUGUCCCCAGCCUCCCUCGCCGGGCUCUUCCGGGCUUAUACUUUGCAGAAAUAUGCAGCGCAAUCCAUCUCUGUCGCAGAGGUUGACUUCCUCUUUUACUAGAUGCUAUUACUGUCCUGUGGGACUCCAGGGGGCUCUUCUCCUGCUCUAAAUGCUAAUUUGCAUUGUUUAUAUUCUGUGUUGAAUCCCCCAAAAACAGCAAUUGAGACAGAUAGAAUUCCACGCUGGAUUUUCUUUUAGAUUUCAUUUGAAAAAUAGGCUUCUUUUUUUUUCCCAGAGAUUCUUUGGAUACUGCAGAGAAAACGAUCUGGGCAAAACACAUUAGCAAGCAAAACAGAGUGCUGUGUUCAUAGAAACUCGUGGCUUUGAAACGUCAGAGAAGUGGUUCAGGACGUUUCUUUUGCAUGAAUAAUAUUUUUUUUUCCAGGAAAGGGGUUUUAUGAGUCAUUACAGGAAAAUAGUCAGUGAUCCAUAAGAGCUAAUUGACUCACUUAAAUCAUACAUGAGAAACUAGUUGAUGAGAGCAAACUGUUCCAGGUCCCUUCACACCCAACUC